CUAUAGGCAGGGAACUCAAAGAAUGUCUAUUCCUGUGUAUGUGUGAAUGUAGAGAGAGAACGAGAGAGAGAGAAUUUCCACGGUAGUACAUAGUAGAGUUAAGGAAAAAGAGGUACUGAGUAUUUACUAACCACAAUGAUGAGACUGUCUGGUAAAAAACUAGGCCCUGGGAAGAAGAGGAAGGGGAAAUCCCCCUUCUGCUGAACCGAUGAUGAGCAGUUUUGAAUGGUGGGGUUGAAAAGAAGACCGUUGGGAAUCGGGAUUGAAAAGCUAUAGAUAAAGUGCAGGAUAACAAUGGUGAAAUUUAAAGCAUGAUAAAUACCGUUUCAGUGAGGUUCUUCAUUGUAAAAAAAAAAGAGGCAAGUUUUGGAGGGAGGAGAAGUGGAGAGAGGGUAUAAAUUUUGGGUCUGGUUGUUGGUGGGCAUUACACAUGACUGGAGGAUGGUGGGGCUGUCUCCCCAAAUAGAGAGAGAGAGAGAGAGAGAGAGAGAGAGAGAGAGAGAGAGGUAAUUAGUUGAUGGAAGAGAACAUAAGCCAUGGCCUCCCAUUAACUCUAACCCAUCUUCUUCAACAGACAUUGAGAAGUAUGUGCGUUCAUGAAAACUCCCCUUGGGUUUAUGCUGUCUUUUGGAGGAUCCUGCCUCGAAACUACCCACCACCCAAAUGGGAUGUUAAUGGAGGAGGCUGUGACAGAUCAAGAGGGAACAGAAGGAAUUGGAUCUUGGUAUGGGAAGAUGGGUUCUGCGACUUCUCAGCUACCAUAUCCGACACUGCCGAGAUGAGAACCAGUGAUUGCGCGAGUUCGUCUCUCUACACCACUUCUGAAUUCCAGCAUUCAAGAGGCCUACAGCCUGAGCUCUUCUUCAAAAUGUCGCAUGAGAUCUACAACUACGGAGAAGGUUUGAUUGGAAAAGUCGCCUCGGAUCACAGCCAUAAAUGGAUCUUUAAGGAACCUCAAGACCAUGAGAUCAAUUUCUUAUCUUCAUGGCAUAGUCCAGCUGAUUCUCACCCAAGAACAUGGGAGGCUCAGUUUCAAUCAGGCAUUCAGACAAUCGCUCUAAUCGCCGUUAGAGAAGGCGUAAUCCAGUUAGGCGCAGCUAACAAGGUCAUGGAAGAUCUCAACUAUGUGGUUCUACUAAGGAAGAAGUUCAGCUAUCUAGGCAGCAUCCCAGGGGUCCUACUCCCUCACCCAUCUUCUGCUGCCUUCCCUCUCCAAGGCGAUGGGGGAGCUCCCAGUGUUCCCCACAAUUGGCCCUUUCAACCAUCGAUCGCACCCGACUCCAACACUUGCCACCCCGAAUACCAUGACUACUUGUCAUCGAUGAACCCCAAUUUUCAUGGAUCAGGAAUUAAGAUAAUGCCAUCAAUGACAAGCCUGGAAGCCCUUCUUUCUAAGCUUCCGUCUGUCGAGCCCUCUCUCCACUCAGCGUCUUCUUAUUGCGGACCAGCGUCUUCUUAUUGCGGACCCUCGCCCCUGUUUGCUUCAAAUACACAAGGGAUCGACAAGAUGAAAGAAGAAGAAAAUGAUGAAUAUGGUAAUGGAGGAGAGAGUAGCACUGCAGUGCACUUGUUUCGACAUCGCUAAUGAUAAAUGCUAAGGAAUCUCUGCAUAUGCUGCUUGUUUAUGGCAUGUAAGGAAAUUGGCCAUGGCUGAUUUCUCAUGCAUAAUUCAAGGGUAUCUCAUGCAGGCCCUGUACUGUCAGAAAGGACAGCAUUGUCAUGCCAAUAAAUUUAUCGUUUAGUUUUUGGGAGGGUGGUUAGGUUCAUAAUAAGAAGGGGCGGACCAUUGAAGUUAGUAA